AUGUCGCAAAGGAUCGAACAACUGAAGGGUCCUUGGCUAGCGGUCAGGAAGGCCAAGGUGGAACACUUGCAACAAGCUCAAAAGACGCUUAUAUCGCGAGCAGAUCAGGUGCUACGGUCGUUGAUGUACAAAGCAUCCCCGGAGCUCAGCGAGACCGAAAACAAGUGGUUCGAAGAACUGAGACGGAUGAAGCAAGAAGUCGUCGGCGCAAGCACAUAUGAUCCUCGGUCACUGGCCUUCCGAGCGAAAAUGCUACGCAAGGAGGUAGGCCGCCUGACCCCACAGCUCAAGGAGCUGCAAGAAAGGCACCGACAGUACCAAAUGAGGCUAACACGAACUCGGGAGAGCUUGGAGUUUUGCGGCCGACUGGAGGAACAACUUGGCUUAAAAGAAUCUAUUCCUCCGCCUCCGCCUCCUCCCAACACCCGCCAUCAUGAAUCUGACCCUGAAGAGAAGUUACGCAAGGAAGCCAUGCAGUGUCAAAACUGCUUUGUCUCCCGAGCAGACGGAGCAGUUCUACAUAGAUGCGGUGCUUGCAAAGUCGAUUUCUAUUGCAGCAGGAAGUGUCAGAAGGAAGCCUGGCCAAUCCAUAAGGCCAGGUGCCAGAUCAAUAAGAAAGCCCAAGGCGGUCGAACCGAUCGGCUGAAAAUUCUCCGCGAUUUCACGCAGAAGCACCGACCCUCUAUCUCAGAGGCAGGUCCGCGGGCCCUCGACCUUGCCACGGACCCAACCCGCUGCAAGCGGUACAUGCUAGUGAUCGACGUCCUUCCGCGCCCCGGCUCCACUCGUGUCGAGACCCUCUUCUAUGUCACUGGCAUCAGCGUUAUGCGGCACGAAGACUUCGCGGCGGAGAAGACGGAAGAGAUGCGUUCGCAGCUAAAGUACGCGCACGACAUGAACGUGAAGCAUGGGUCGCUCGGCGCAUUCCUGGUUGCGCUCUCAUGCGCGAAGGAAAUGAUGGCCAACAUCGCACCGGUAGGGUUUGGACAAGAAGUGCUGGACCAGACCACCGAGGUUGAGCCUGGUCGACCAUGGAAGGAAUGCCUCCUGACGCAGCUCACUGGUGAUGAGCCAGCACGCCAUCGCCACAUCAAAGAGAAAGUAUAUACCGCCAUGAACAUGCAGCAUAAGACCAAGAAAAAGACUCCAAAGAUGAUGAACGUUGUAGCGACACAGCAGACCCACCGUAGCUCUGUGAAUUCAAAAGUUAGCGGGUUAGAGGAACGAUGGCUGUACAACCCGAAGGCAACACAGCUUACGAAAGCAGUACGGUAG